UUGUUUCUUUUUAGUAAGACGAAGCAAGGCCUUUUGCCCAGCUUGGAGGACUUGCUGUUCUACACCAUUGCAGAAGGGCAAGAGAAAAUACCAGUUCAUAAGUUCAUUACGGCUCUUAAAUCUACGGGUUUGCGUACCUCUGAUCCAAGGCUGAAGGAAUGUAUGGAUAUGCUAAGACUGACUCUGCAGACAACCUCCGAUGGUGUCAUGCUAGAUAAAGAUCUCUUUAAAAAGUGCGUUCAAAGCAAUAUCGUCUUGCUUACUCAGGCUUUCCGGCGGAAGUUUGUGAUUCCUGAUUACGUUUCCUUUACCUCUCAUAUUGAUGAACUAUAUGAGAGUGCUAAAAAGCAAUCUGGAGGAAAGGUCGCCGACUAUAUUCCCCAACUGGCGAAGUUCAGCCCCGAUUUGUGGGGAGUGUCUGUUUGCACAGUGGACGGACAGAGGCAUUCUAUCGGAGAUACCAAAGUCCCGUUUUGUCUCCAGUCCUGCGUGAAGCCUCUGAAGUAUGCGAUCGCUGUUAAUGACCUUGGCACCGAAUACGUGCACAGAUAUGUCGGCAAAGAACCGAGUGGUCUGCGAUUCAAUAAAUUGUUCCUCAACGAAGACGACAAACCUCACAAUCCUAUGGUGAACGCUGGAGCGAUUGUGGUUACCUCCUUGAUCAAGCAAGGAGCAAAUAAUGCAGAGAAAUUUGACUAUGUGAUGCAGUUCAUGAAUAAGAUGGCUGGAAAUGAAUAUGUCGGGUUCAGUAAUGCCACGUUCCAGUCUGAAAGAGAGAGCGGAGACCGAAACUUUGCUAUAGGCUAUUACCUAAAAGAGAAGAAGUGUUUUCCAGAAGGCACAGAUAUGGUUGGCAUCCUAGACUUCUACUUCCAGCUGUGCUCCAUCGAAGUGACCUGUGAGUCGGCCAGCGUGAUGGCAGCGACCCUGGCGAACGGCGGGUUCUGCCCCAUCACCGGGGAGAGGGUCCUGAGUCCCGAAGCCGUUCGGAACACCCUCAGCUUGAUGCAUUCCUGCGGCAUGUACGAUUUCUCUGGACAGUUUGCCUUCCACGUCGGUCUUCCUGCAAAAUCAGGGGUUGCCGGCGGCAUCCUCUUGGUGGUUCCUAACGUGAUGGGAAUGAUGUGCUGGUCUCCGCCUCUGGACAAGAUGGGCAAUAGUGUUAAAGGGAUACACUUCUGUCAUGAACUGGUUUCCCUGUGCAAUUUCCACAAUUACGACAACCUGCGGCACUUUGCGAAGAAGCUCGAUCCUCGGCGAGAAGGGGGUGAUCAGCGGGUGAAAUCUGUCAUAAAUCUCUUGUUUGCUGCCUACACGGGUGACGUAUCAGCACUGCGAAGGUUUGCCUUGUCGGGCAUGGAUAUGGAGCAGAGGGACUACGACUCCCGGACAGCGUUACAUGUAGCGGCCGCAGAAGGUCACGUUGAGGUAGUUAAAUUUCUGCUGGAGGCCUGCAAAGUAAAUCCUUUCCCCAAAGACAGAUGGAACAACACUCCCAUGGAUGAAGCUUUGCACUUUGGACACCACGACUUGUUUAAAAUUCUUCAGGAGUAUCAGGUCCAGUACACCCCGCCAGAAGACUCCAGCAACAGCAAGGAAGAUCAAACUGUACAGAAAAACCUAGACGGCUUACUAUAAUAACCCUUCUUCACCUAGAUCCAAGAACCGAGUCGUGUAUCUUUAAUUGUGGAGAAUUGAUUAUGGAGAGCGUGUGUGUUUCUAUUGGUUAGUGAUGUAUAUUUUACAGAAGUAUCUCUUCGUUUCAGUGUUACUGGAGCUUUUCUUCGUUUACGCACACAGGGACAAAUCUCGUUCUCUGACUUGGGGGGGUGGAAUUAACAAAAAUCCCCCUUCAAGAUCCUCCCUCGAUAAUGUGAGCAAUAUUACCUCCUGCCACAUAUAACCAAGAGAGAAGUAACUGUCGUUUGUUCUGUGCACUACUUAUUUUAUUUUUUUGUUGUUGAGUGAAACUUUACUCCGUGGUCAAGAACUCCCCCGCGUUGCUUGCUUUAAAAAAAAAAAAAAUGAAUGAAGCGCUGUUUAGAGUGUGCUUGUGGACUAGUGUGCGAGCAGCCGUGUGGUCUUGCUAGAUUUCGAGAGUCGAUGCGGACAUGUUUUGUCUGCGCAUGUUGAGCACUUAACAUUGCUCCCCCCCCCCACUACCUUUUCGCGCUACCUCGUGGCAUCAUGUGAUUUCUCCCCUCCCAAACUAUGAACUAGUAGUUUGUGUUCUAGGUUUACCUUUUCUUUGAAAAGCACUGCAUCAGGGAAUCUGUUCAAAGGUUUGCUUGACCAAAAAACAUAGAAUAUAAUUUGAUCAUCUCACGUUAGGCUUGUAGACAGUGUUUUGUUUCAAGCCCCUUUGCCUUUCUAGUCGCACAGGUUUGUGUGCAUUUCUCUUUUCACGAGCUUUCCCCCGUUGCUGGUAACUUUUCCUUUCAGCUUUGCUUCUUUCUUUUCUUAUGCUUCCAUGUCAGAUCUCAGCCAAUCCGCACUGCUUCCUUUUGUGAACAGUGGAAAGCUAAUGUAAACCCCCCUGAUAUCCUUAAUAAUUUGUAUCAAGCUACUGUGGGGGUUAAAGAUCGUGGUGUGACUUGACAACAGCAGAAGCCAAGGCUGUUGCUGUGAAAGCGGUUGAACGGUAUUCUGUGAACGGUGGAAGAUCCGGGCCAAAGACCAAUCUUGCUUCUGCGUCAAACCCGCUACGCAUACAGCUUGUGCAGUGGAUCCGAGUCCUACAAGAUCAAGGCUACAGUGAUAUCCUUUGGCCAUCAUGAUGUCACUGUCAGUAUUUCGCAUGCCAUCCUCCAAUCUGUGGAAGGAAGGGGCUACACUAAAACCUUAAAUUGAAACUAUUGUUGCUGCUGCAGUGACCCUUGCUUUGGGAAGCAGGCUAGAGGAAGAUGUCCUCAGCCGCCUUCUUCGUUGCUCAUGAUAAAAACGAGGAAGGGGAGACUAGUUUUGGCUUGUGCUAAAGUCAAGGAGAGCGUGGAGGUGAAGCUCUUGAGUAGGCCCUAGACCGAAGUACUUUGUUGAACUAGCAUAUCCAAACCCAGACUCGUCUGUCCUGGCCCGUGAAAAUUUGGGCCGACCGUUAUUUCCCCCCCCCCCCCCCCCCGGCCAAAUCAACCCUUGGCACCCACCUUCUUUUAACCAAAUUGAGAAUGGAACAUAUGCAGGUCAUGAGCCCCUGGCAACACUGCUCGGACCUAUAAAGCCUGCAGGUCCAGAGGGGGUGAAGCCAGCUACCAACACGAUUUAAUCCUGCACCUUAUUCGCUAACAUUUCAGUGUUCUGUAUUUCCCAUAAUCCCUCCUUUAUCUCCUCAGCUGGUAACGUUACAAAGUAGAUUGUGUGUGUGAAUAUAUAUAUAUAGACACGCCUAUAUGCAAAUAAAGCCAUUUUAUGUAUUUUGUUUCUCCCGCUGGAGCUACUUCAACAUCACCCUAAUUCCGCAAAGUUUGCUUUCAUUCCAUUUUACUGUACAAUGAAGUUACGUUUUGUAAAGCUUUAGUAUUCCUUGGUUGCGAGUUUUUUAAUAAUGUACAUUUAUUUAUGCACCAUUCCUCAGUUUCAGCUGCUCAUGGUUGUUUGGUUAAGGUUUUUUUUUUGGUUUUGGUUGAGCGUUGAUAUUGUUUUGCUCCAAAGAACCCCCCACUAUUUAAAGUAUCCGCAUUUAUUACAGCAACUAGGAGCGAUGAAGCUAACUUCAUGCUUCACGCGCAACUAUUACAAUGGAUUUAGAAUCACCCAUUCCAUCUUUUCUGUGGAUAAAUGUGUCAUUAUUGGGCCGAUGUCCUUUUUUUUUUAGCUGAACAGCUGGACUAUCGACAGAUGUUUUUAGUGACCCCAAUUGUGAUCGAUUUGGCUUGAUCUUUGACAAGACUCUUUUAUCGUAGAGAAUUUAAACCGUGAUGAAUGUAUUUGCUUCUGACAAGUUUCCCAUGACUGAAUAGACUUUGACAAUACUUGAGCUGUAGCUGUUCUGGAAAAUAAGAGGUUAUUUUCAGGACUACAAAUGAGAUGGUGUUGCUUUUUACAACAUAAUAAACAGGAAUACAAAAAAACAAAACAAAA